UGUUUAAAAAUUCACUCCACCCAAUCUAUGAAUAAAAAACGAAUUCUCUCCAAUCAAGUAGUUGAGAGUUCCUGAGGUUUCUUCAUCAGAUUCUUCAAACUUACAACCAAUUUGAUCACAGGAACUCCCAUGGAACAAUUACUUCUAUUGGCGUUCUUUUUCGUAUUCCCGUUCUGUACAUCAUCGGGCCUCGGAACUGAGCCGCCAUUGGAGUUGAGUCAUCUAACUCGGGAGCUUCUGGAAUCGGCAAGAAACCCCGAGUUCUUCGACUGGUUGGUUAGGGCUCGAAGGAAAUUGCACGAGAAUCCGGAGCUGUCCUUCGAGGAAUUCGAAACCAGCCAAUUCAUUCGAACAGAGCUGGAGUCGCUUGGGAUUAAUUUCACUUGGCCCUUCGCUAAGACGGGGAUUGUGGCGUCCGUCGGAUCAGGUGCGCACCCAUGGUUCGCUCUUAGGGCUGAUAUGGAUGCUCUUCCUAUUCAGGAAAUGGUUGAGUGGGAGCAUAAGAGUAAGAACGAUGGCAAAAUGCACGCUUGUGGCCAUGAUGCUCAUGUCACAAUGCUUCUUGGAGCUGCUAAGUUGCUUCAGCAGAGAAGAAAUGAGCUAAAGGGCACAGUGAAGCUUGUUUUCCAACCUGGGGAAGAGGGACGUGCUGGGGCUUACCAUAUGUUAAAAGAGGGUGCUCUGGACAAGUUUCAAGGCAUAUUUGGGUUACAUAUUAUUCCAGAAUUGCCUGUAGGGACAAUUGGUUCAAGGGCUGGCCCAUUUAUGGCUGGUAGUGGUAGGUUUGUGGCUACAAUUCAAGGAAUUGGUGGUCAUGCUGCAAUGCCUCAUAAUGCAAGAGAUCCAGUUCUUGCCAUGUCAACUGCUAUCAUCUCUCUUCAACACAUAAUUUCUCGAGAAACUGAUCCUCUUGAUUCCAGGGUGAUCACUGUUGGGUUUGUCAAGGGUGGACAAGCAGGAAAUGUUAUCCCGAAAACCGUUACAUUUGGAGGUACUUUCCGAAGCAUGACUAUGGAAGGUCUUUCCUACCUCAAGCAAAGAAUUCAAGAGGUCAUAGAGGUUCAAGCAGCUGUGCAUCGGUGUACUGCCUCGGUAGACUUUAUGGAAGAAAAGUCGAUAUUCUACCCAGCUACUGUCAAUGACGAAGCAUUGUACAGCCACGCAAAGAAGGUAGGAGAACAUUUGCUAGGAGGAGAAUCAAAUGUGCAUCAUCUUCCAAAGAUCAUGGCAGCGGAGGACUUCAGCUUCUACUCGCAGCAGAUGCCUGCUGCAUUUUUCAUGAUCGGAGUGAAGAAUGAAACUAUGAAAUCUGGAAUACCGUUGCACUCGCCAUAUAUUGUCCUAGAUGAGCGAGUUCUUCCAGUUGGAGCUGCUCUUCAUGCUGCAGUUGCAAUUUCUUACUUGAAUGAACAAUCUGUGCACAGUAAUUAAGAGGGUAGGAGAAUGGCAUUUGCCACAUUUCUUGUUUUGCUAAAGGGGGAUUUCGACAUAACAAUGUCUUUGCAGAUGAAAUUUUUAGAUGCUCUGUUUCCAAUUUGGUUUUGCUAUAAAUAAAUGAUAGGGCCCUGUAAAGUGUUAAGCACAUUGUGGAAAAGGAUGCAUUGUUUUUAUGCCAUUAAGUUUACAGAAUUUAGAAUUUUUGGUUCA